GCUGGUGUGGUGACUGCAUCUGCAACAAACAGCAAAGAGUGUUAGACCAGUUGCUCUGUGGCUCGCUGGUGCACAGCAGUAUAAUGGAGGAGUGUGAGCAGCUGUUGGCUGCGAGGUCAGAGGAGAGGAGGCCCAAUGGCCACUGCAGGUGGAGCGCUCACACUCAGAGCCUGGAGCUGAAGGUGGUGGAGGACUUCAGACGGAGGCUCAAGUACUUCUUCAUGAACCCCUGUGAGAAAUACAGAGCCAGGGGUCGCAAACCAUGGAAACUGAUGAUACAAAUAUUAAAAAUUGCAAUCAUCACAGUUCAGUUAGUCUCUUUUGGCCUGAGUAAUGAAAUGAUGGUCACCUUCAAAGACGAAAAUCUGAUGACAUUCAGACAUCUGUUCCUAAAAGGAUACAAGGAUCAACGGCUGGGAAGCUACGCCCUGUACACAAAAGCAGAUGUGUAUGAUCACAUCUACUACAUUAUCAACAGGUACAUCGGUCUCCAAAACCUGACAGUAGGUAACCUUGCAUACGAGAUGGUUGAUGGAAAGUACACUCCUCUGUCUGUGUGUCAAGAGUUUUACAGGAACAGCAGCAUCGAUCCUGGAAAUGAGACCUUUGACAUUGAUCCACAUGUUUAUAAAGACUGUGUCUCCAUAUAUCCAGCGCAGUCGUUCAGCAGUUUGCCGACACAUGUGAACCUCAGCUUGGAUUUCAAAAGGCUGUUAUCAGUGAGCAUCUACUUUACUCUGAAAACCAUCAAUCUGCAGACUGUGCGCCACCACGAGCUGCCAGACUGUUAUGACUUCCACAUAAUGAUCGUGUUUGACAACCGUGCACACAGUGGGAAGAUAAAGGUUGAUGUUGAAAAUGAUGUGAGGAUAUAUGAAUGCAGCGACUGGAACGUGGAGGGCAAAUCUGAUAAGAACGAUUACCUCCUCUUGUCGUUUGACUCGGUGGUCAUCCUCGCCUGCUUCACCUCCCUCAUCCUCUGCACGCGAUCUGUCAUCAAUGGCAUCCAACUGCAGUUUGAGUUCAACAUAUUCUUCCAUGCCUACUACAAUAAGAUUGUGACUUGGUCAGACCGCAUGGAGUUUGUGAAUGGCUGGUACAUCCUCAUCAUCGUGAGCGACACACUGACCAUAGCUGGGUCAGCGCUCAAGAUUGGAAUACAAACAAAGUACCUGACAAACUAUGACGUCUGCAGCAUCAUGCUGGGUACGGCCACAAUGCUUGUGUGGGUCGGCGUGAUUCGUUACCUUGGUUUCUUCAGGAAGUACAACAUAUUAAUCUUAACCUUAAGGGCUGCAUUCCCAAAUGUGAUCCGGUUCUGCUGCUGCGCGGCCAUGAUCUACCUGGGGUACUGCUUCUGUGGCUGGAUCGUCCUUGGGCCUUACCAUGACAAAUUCCGAACGCUCGACAAGGUGACAGAGUGCCUCUUCUCGCUCAUCAACGGGGACGACAUGUACGCCACCUUCCUGAAGAUGAGAGACAAGAGCUACAUGGUGUGGCUUUUCAGCAGACUUUACCUCUACUCCUUCAUCUCCCUCUUCAUCUACAUGGUGCUCAGCCUCUUCAUCGCUCUCAUCACUGACACCUACGAGACCAUCAAGCAUCACCAGCAGGACAAGGUGCCAGUGUCCCAGCUUGAGGCCUUCAUAGCAGAGUGCAGGGACCAGCCUGAGUCUGGAAGAUACCAGACUGAUGAAGAGCCAGCUUCCUGCUGCCUUUCUCCAUGUUGCUGCUUGGGAUGAAGUGAGAAGAUGUGGCUUUUUACUGUUGGCAAAUGUGGACAGAGUUGGCACAUCAUGAAACCACAGAGAGUCCUUAGAUUAUACUGAUACAUGAGAGAGAAUGUUAGAAUAUCUUUCCACUUAAGCAGAAUUUCUUUAACUGUUUUUCUUUACUUGACUUGCUGAACACUUAUGAUGUACAAUGCAAAACCUUCUCCGUUGAAGACUGCUCAGAGGACCAGUUGGUUAAAUGGUUAUGUAAUAGCCUGUAUAGUAUGAAUAUGCACCGACAAACCUGUUCAUCAAGUUCAUCCUUAAUCCAGUGAUUCAUUUAAAAGUGGUAGAGUAAAAAAAUUCGCAGAGAUUAUGUGAUGAGGAAUUUCCCAAACUCUACUUACGAGCAUGUGAGCAUACUACUUAAUGAAGAACUAAAAAGUGAAAGUAGAUUUAAGUAUUUUAAAAAUGAACUUACACUGAAAGUACUAUUCAAUAAAAUUGCAAUUGCUUGCUUUUCAUCAUCUCUAGAAUCUUGCUGUACUGUGCAUAUUUUCUGUAUGUACAUAUAUUGACAUAUCAGCUAUAUUGUGUGCUUUUGUACUGCUUCUGUUUAUUUUUUUGUACCUCUGGCCAAGUGAAUUUUCUUUUUUGCCAAUUAAGUUGACUCAUUUUGAUUAUU